AUGAGUGAAGAGAAAUUAACUAAGAAACAAAGGAAAGCUUUAGAAUUUAGAAAAAAGAUUGAAAAGCAGGAGAAACCUGUCAAACCAACUAAAGAACCUGAAGCUGAAUCAAGUAAAAGGAAAGCCGAAGAUGAUACACAAAUUGAAGGAGAAGUUAAGAAAAAGAGGAAAACGAGAAGAGGUAAAAAAGGUAAAGGUGUAAAUGGGGGUAAAGGACCAAGAUUUAUCCUUUUUGUAGGAAAUUUACCAUAUAAAGUGACAGAAACUGAAUUAAUGAACCAUUUUAAGAACUCCAAACCCGAUAGAAUAAGAAUUAGAGGAGAUAAAGGUAUUGCAUUUUUGGAAUUUGAUAAUGAUACAAAAGAAAUACAGUCAAAGAUGGAAGUUGCCUUAAGAAUGCAUCAUUCUAUGAUCAAAGAUAGAAAGAUUAAUGUAGAAUUAACCGUUGGUGGAGGUGGUAAUUCAGAAAAUAGAAAAGAAAAAUUGAAACAAAAGAAUGAAAAAUUAUCAGAGGAAAGGAAGGAAAGAGUUGUUAAGAAAAAGACAGAAGAUAUUGCCGGAGUUCAUCCUUCAAGACAAGGAUUAAUUCAAUGA